UCAAAUAACAUAUUACCAAACUCAAUUAUAAACUAACAUUAUGCUUAACUCUCUCAUAAACAGGCCCUAAUAUAUACCCCUGAAUUUUCCAUGCAAAUAAGAUAUUACAGAUUGUGUGCGUCCGAAAUCCAAACACAAGCCGAACAGAGUGGUGUAUUUGAUUCUCAAUCUGCAGCAAGAUGAUGGCUUAUAUACAGUAGAUCAAACACAAAGUAAGAUUGAUCUGGAGGCGAUAUAAUACGACAGACUUAUUAAGGGACCAACCAAGCAAUCAUUCGUUGGGUACGACGAAGCCAUCUCUCUGUUCGAUUACUUUUUCAACGAGUCUCAGACUCUCCCAAACAUGCUCUCCUGCAAUCUCAUCAUCAAAGCACACUGCGACCAAGGCAGCGUCGACCACGCUCUUGAGCUCUACCGCCACAUUUUGCUCGACGGGAGUUUAGCUCCAGGGAUCGAGACGUACAGGAUACUGACGAAAGCCUUGGUCGGUGCUAAAAGAUUAGAUGAAGCUUGUGAUGUAGUGAGAUCCAUGAGCCGCUGUGAUUUCGCCGUAUACGACAUUCUGAUUCGAGGGUUUCUGGAUAAAGGCAAAUUCGUAAGGGCUAGCCAAAUCUUCGAGGAAUUGAAAGGACCGAAUAGUAAACUUCCAUGGCGAAACUAUCACAAGGCGAUUGCAAUCUUCAACGUUUCGUUUAUGGACUACUGGUUCAAGCAAGGCAAAGACGAGGAGGCUAUGGAGAUUUUCGCAACUCUCGAACAUGCUGAAUUGCUCAACACCAUUUCCGGAAACGGAGUUUUGAAAUGCCUUGUGGAGCACGGUAGGAAAACAGAGGCCUGGGAAUUGUUCUUAGAUAUGAUAGAAAUCUGUGAUUCCGAGACGGUUGGCAUAAUAAUGUCCAAGGAGGGUUUUUUCGGCGAAAAGACUAUCCCGUUUGAGCGAGUGAGAAGAACGUGUUAUACCAGGAUGAUCGCGAGUCUCUGCCAACAAGGAAACAUGUUGGAGGCAGAGAAACUCUUUGCCGACAUGUUUGCCGACGUUGACGGUGAUGACUUGUUGGCAGGACCUGAUGUUUCAACAUUCAGAGCAAUGAUCAAUGGUUAUGUUAAGGUAGGGAGAGUCGAUGAUGCUAUCAAGACCUUGAACAAGAUGAAGAUUUCUAAUCUCAGAAAGCUUUCUAUUCAUCAAGCCACAUAACUAGACUCUUUAUUUUAUUUUUAUCCUUGUUGAUUCUGAAAAUCACACAAUAAAUUUGUUUAAAAGGGGUAAACAAAUUUACUUAACUCUCUCUCGCUAUUUAGUGACCAAAGAUUCAAUGAAAAGAAGAACAAAGUUGCUUGGAGACAAAGUUAGGGUUUUGCCCAAGAACAAUGAAGAAAAC